CUCACCUGAGGCAGUGGGGGCUUCCGGGAAGGAAGGGAAGGCGGCACUGCCUCUGCCGACUGAUGCGGUCGAGCUUCAAACACUCCUUCAAAACUUCUGAGGCGCAGGUCUCAGAGAGAGGAUGAUCAGAGAGAAGCGAGGCUAUAAAAUCCCAGCGCUCCUGAAGGCAGCAUGCAGACGACUGAGCUGAUCACAGACAAUCUACAUCUGAAAACCUGAAGAAGACGCUUUCUCUGUGCUUCUCUGUUUCAGGACACACUGAGAAACUUCCAACGGAUUGAAGUUUUUCACAUCAUUUUGCUUUAUUUCUUUGCAUCUGAUGAAGUAAAAUUCUGCCCAAGAGACUGAGCUGAGAGACUGGAAGAUGUGGCUGUGGCGCAGUGUUCUGUGUGUGUCUGUGGUCUGGGGUCUGGCUCUGGACUCUAACAUCAUCAGGUCCUCCAAAGAGGCGACGCUGCAGAGCUCCGAGCUCACGAGAGGAGGCUGCAGCAACAGAGCUCAGAGGAGGCCGUCGCCACAUGCCGGGCCGGUGGACACGCAUGUCAACAGAGACGAGGACAGACAGGUGCACAGUUUCAACAGAACCAAAGGGGCAGAGAUGGCGGCCUGCGUGCGCUCCGGAGACUGCGCAGAGGGUCUGUGCUGCGUUCGAUACCUGACCGGAAAGCGCUGCCAGAGGAUUCCACUGGAGGGCGACGCCUGUCUGCUGCGGACCACCACCAAGCUGAAGAGGAACCUGGGUCGCUGCGCCUGCGCUGCUGGUCUCACUUGCUCCACCCGCCCGGCAGGAGCGGGGAAACACAAACGCCAGGGGGUGUGUGAGCCCACGCCCUCAAAGGGGAAGAGGAACACAAGGCACUCUGGGAAAAAGAGGAGGACGGCAGAGUGGAACUGCUGACAUCACUACUGACCCCACUGCCUUUAUUUAAUGUAGCUCAGAGUAAAUGUUUAGAUAAGACAGAGACAUGUUCUCCCUCUGUUGUUUAUUUCUAGAAAAAAAUGUCAAAAUAAACGCAACGCAAGUUGA